CAACAUUUAGGAUAACAAAAGAAGAUUGACCAUAACAAGAGAAUUGGGUAAUUUUGUUAAAAUGGGGGUGAGAAGAGAUAAUAAGUGAUAGUAGGGGGGUGUUUCUGUAAAAUAUGGGAAUAGAAAUGGAAGGGGUGGUUGUAUGUAUAGUUUAUAUUGGCAAGGUAGGAGAUGGAAAAGAUGGGGGGUUAAAGAAACAAGACUCAACUACUCUCUACACAGAAGCGUUGAAUUCGUGUGCACCCAUCGGUUGAGAGGUGUUUGUUUUACAAAUCCUUUUUUUCCAAUCAACCUCAUCGUUUGAUUUUCUACCGGUGGAUGCAAAUUUACGCCUAAACACGUAUGUUUGUCUAUGGAGUUGCACCAAAUUUGAAGCAGAAUGAUGGGGUCUGAUUCUCCGGCGAGUAGCCGCUCCGAUGGAAGAUCAAAUUACAGCCGUAUGUUGGACUACCCAGUUGAUGAUUCCAAUGACGUUUACGGAAUUGGAGGAGCAAUGCUCCCUAUUUUCCUCAGUGAUCUACAACGCAACAACGAUCAGGAUUUAGUGGAAGUCACGUUGGAGCUAGAAGAUGAUUCGAUUAUCUUGUGCAGUGUCACUCCCACCGCCACCGCCAACAGCAAUUCCCAUCCCUUUCCUGUUUCUUCACAAUCACAAUCGCCGCCGCCCGCCACCUCCAGGCUUCGUCGGAAAUUUUCGUGGUUGACGUCGUCGUCUUCACGAGCUUCUUCAUCGGAUGCUAGUGUGGAUCGUGCCAUCCCAUCCAGGGAUGCUAGGAAAAUGAAAGCGAAAUUGAUUCGCACCAAAUCUAGCGCUCAACGAGCUUUAGGAGGUCUCAGGUUUAUUAGCAAAACCACAAAUGCCUCCGACGUCAGCGACCUGUGGAAAAACGUCGAGUCAAGGUUCGCAUGUCUCGCUAAACAUGACGGACUCCUAGCUAGAGAAGAUUUCGCCGAAUGUAUAGGAAUGGCGGACUCAAAGGAGUUUGCGUUGGGAGUAUUCGAUGCAUUGGCAAGAAGAAGACAGCAGAAACUGGGGAAAAUUACGAAAGCAGAGCUUUACGAGUUUUGGUUACAGAUUUCAGACCAGAGCUUCGAUGCUCGUCUGCAGAUCUUCUUUGACAUGGCUGACAGCAACGAAGAUGGAAGGAUCACAAGGGAUGAGAUACAGGAGCUCCUAGUGCUUAGUGCUGCUGCAAACAGAUUAUCAAAGUUGAAAGAACAAGCAGAGGAAUACGCUUCUUUAAUUAUGGAAGAAUUAGACCCUGAAAAUCUUGGUUAUAUAGAGUUAUGGCAAUUGGAAACGCUUCUACUACAAAGGGAAGCAUACAUGAACUACAGUAGACCAUUGAGCAUAGCUAGUGGAGAGAACUGGCAAAGAACUUGGAUCUUGAUGCUCUGGUUCUUAACAAUGGCGUGUCUCUUUAUAUGGAAAUUUAAACAAUAUAAAAACAAAGCAGCGUUUCAAGUAAUGGGAUAUUGUUUGACUACUGCAAAAGGCGCUGCCGAGACCCUGAAACUCAAUAUGGCUCUCAUCCUUCUACCCGUUUGUCGAAACAUGCUAACAUUCCUCAGAUCUACACGCGCCAGAUUCUUCAUCCCCUUCGAUGACAAUAUCAACUUUCACAAGAUGAUUGCGUUUGCGAUCGCGAUUGGAAUCGUCGUUCAUGUCGGGAACCAUAUGAUCUGUGAUUUCCCUCGUUUGGUGAACUCUUCGCCGGAAAAAUUCGCACUUAUAGCUUCGGAUUUCCAUAAUGAACAACCCACAUACAUGGAUUUGAUGGUUGGAGUUGAAGGUGUGACGGGAAUUACAAUGCUGAUACUCAUGGCCUUCGCCUUCACACUUGCUUCAAAAUAUUUCAGGAAGAAUUUAGUAAAACUGCCUUCACCAUUGAACCGAUUGACAGGGUUUAAUGCUUUUUGGUUUUCACAUCAUCUUUUUGGUUUGGUGUAUAUAUUGCUUUUGAUUCAUGGAUCCUUCUUGUUCUUGGUUCACAAAUGGACUCAGAAAACGACGUGGAUGUACAUUUCUGUCCCUCUGAUUAUAUACUUGUUAGAGAGGAGUCUGAGGACAGGAAGGUCAGAACACUACUCUGCUAAAAUCAUAAAGGUUUCAAAUCUACCAGGAGAUGUAUUCACCAUAAUCAUGGCCAAACCAAAUGGAUUCAAAUACAGAAGUGGCCAGUAUAUAUUCCUUCAAUGCCCUUCAAUCUCUCCAUUUGAAUGGCAUCCAUUUUCAAUUACUUCGUCACCUGGAGAUGAUUACCUAAGUGUUCAUAUCCGGACUGUUGGUGACUGGACACAAGAACUCAAACAAGUUUUAAACAAUGACAACGGUUCACCAUGUACAAUUGGCCGAGCAAAAUUCAAGAAGUUAGGAGAUGUCAACUCAAAAGGGUUACCGAGGCUAUUGUUAGAUGGACCUUAUGGUGCACCAGCGCAGGACUACAGGAACUAUGAUGUGUUGCUUCUUGUGGGGCUAGGAAUUGGAGCGACUCCAUUCAUAAGUAUUCUUAGAGAUCUGUUAAACAACAAUCGAGCAGUUGAGGAUCAAAUGGAUUCAAACACGGAGACAAGUAUAUCGGGGGAUAGUCUUACGAGUCUUGCAUCUUCAAGUAUGGCAUCAUCAAGUGAUAAUAAAAAGAAAUCAAAAAAGGCGAAAGUUGCAAAUUUUUAUUGGGUUACAAGAGAAUCCGGAUCAUUUGAAUGGUUCAAAGGAGUUAUGGAUGAAGUUGCUGAAAUGGAUCAUAAAGGUCAAAUUGAGAUGCAUAAUUAUCUUACAAGUGUUUACGAAGAAGGCGAUGCAAGGUCAACUCUAAUCACUAUGGUUCAAGCACUUACCCAUGCUAAACAUGGGGUUGAUAUCCUAUCUGGCACCCGAGUAAGAACACAUUUUGCAAGGCCGAAUUGGAGAGAGGUGUUCAGUAAGGUUGCAUCGAAACAUCCGAAUUCAACCGUAGGGGUGUUUUACUGUGGGAUGCCGGUGUUGGCUAAGGAGUUGAAGAAACUGUCAUAUGAAAUGAGCCAGAAGACAUCGACACGAUUUGCGUUUCACAAGGAGUAUUUCUAAAAUAAAAAAAAAUAUGUUAUGGGUGCUUAUAUACAUGUAUACAUAUAUACCUAUUAUAAUGAAUUAUAAGUAACAACAGUAUGUAAAUGUGUACACUAUAUAUACAAAAGCUAGUGUAGGACCACCUGUAUAAUCAAGAGAAUAUGGAGCCCCUCCAGUUAGUCGUAAAAGGAUUUUAAACAACCAUCAUGAGUUUAUUGUUUUUUAUUUUAAGGGCUGCUCUAACGGACAAUCUUUUUUAAUUGUG